AUGUACAUAUUACUAAAAAUUCUACAAAUCGUAAUGUUGGCCGGGGUAUUACUCCCACCUUCGGCUAGCAGUAGCGAAAACAACGAAACCAAUAUGAUUGUGGGAGCAUUCAAGGUGAACAUCGAAGACGUCCCAUACCAAGUGGGUCUGUUUCACAACCAGUACCUAAUUUGCGGAGGAACCAUUAUCGGACCACAGUGGAUUGUAACGGCGUAUCAUUGCGUCGAAAAGCUCGAUCCAGCACAGUACAGUUUCGUUGUCGGUACCGAUGAUCCGUACAGCGGCAGGAAGCUAAAGCCGAAAUAUGUGAUAGUGCCGGAAGAGAUGUUUGUAUAUGAAAAUGUUACUUACGAUAUAGCGCUGGUGUUAUUGGAGCAACCAUUAGCAUUUAGCAAAAAUGUGCAGUGUCUUGAACUUUUACCGUCAGUCGAUUCGCUUGUGCCUGGCAAACCGGCGUACAUAUCGGGAUUCGGUGCAUCCAAAGAAGGAGGCUUUGAUAGUCCAUUGAAGGCGGCUACAAUCGACCUGUUGCCAGAGAGCACCUGCCAGAAUGCUUAUCCCAAGGUAAUGAAGGGGUAUAUGAUUUGUGCCGGGUUUGAGCAAGGUAUGGUCGACAGUUGCCAGGGUGAUUCGGGCGGACCGCUCGUGGUGGACGGGAAGCUUGCCGGUGUUAUUUUCUACGGACAGGGUUGCGCGAGACCUAACAAGCCCGGUGUGUACAUAUCAAUACCGUUUUUCCGCAGCUGGAUAGUUAGCGUUGCCCAUGGGCAACCAAAUACUGCCGAGCGGAAACUAUGUGGAGACAAGUAG